GUCAUCAGCAUUCCGCCAUUUUUCCUAUGUGGUUAAGUUUUCUUUUUUGGUCCAUGAACUGGCCGUAAUGCCAGCCGGUUCACAGCAGAGCUGAAUGAAAUUCGACGCCUGAGUUCCUCACCACUGUGGCAAAACAGCAGUGCACAACGUUCGUCGAAUGUGAAGGCCUACAUACUCGGGAAAGCUAGUCGGCUGGUCCUCCUGCGCCGAGACUCUGUCACUUGCAGGGUGGUACCGACUUUUAGGCUUAUUUCUUGUGCAUCACUGUAUUUUUUCGAAGCGUGAAACGAGAUCUAGCACUUCCAAAACACUACUACAAAGCCAGGAAAAAAAUUGAGACCAUCGGCAAGAUGACCGCCAUGUCGCAGGAAGACAUUGUCAGCAACACCAAAACUGUUAUCCAGGGCUUGGAAGCUUUACGUAAUGAACACAAUGCCAUUCUUUCUGGGCUGCUUAGCUCUGUUCAAGCAGUCCAGCAGCAGCAAGAUCAGAAUGACCAACAGAGUAGCAAAGGUGGUCUUGUUGUUGAAGAGAAGGCAAACAUUGUGCACAAGUCCUUAGAGGCUCUCGAGCUGGGUCUUGGCGAAGCGCAGGUCAUGGUGGCACUUGCCUCACAUUUGCAGGCAGUUGAGGCUGAGAAGCAGAAGCUGCGGGCUCAAGUGCGGCGCCUUUGCCAGGAAAAUGCGUGGCUCCGAGACGAACUGGCCAAUACGCAGCAGAAGCUGCAGGCAUCCGAACAGACAGUUGCACAGCUUGAAGAAGACAACAAGCAGCUCAGCUUUAUGAAUUCUCUCAAGAAGUAUGAUGAUUUAUCAGCAUCAUCUACAUCGAUGACGUCGUCCACUAUUGGUGUUGAUGACGGCUCUAAAAGCAGUCUCGGUGGAGGUGACAAGAGGAGUGAAGGAAGCUCUGCAGAGCCACCUCUAGAUUUAGGCUUCCCGGAUGAUGAGGAAGGCCCCCAAGAUGCGCUUUCCCCCAACCCUAACCCCGGGGCUGCUGCAGCUGCGGCCGCAGGUGCCGGAGGAUACGAGAUUCCUGCGCGGCUGCGGACGUUGCACAAUCUAGUGAUCCAGUACGCGUCGCAGGGUCGCUACGAAGUGGCCGUGCCGCUGUGCAAGCAAGCACUCGAGGACCUGGAGAAAACUAGCGGACACGACCAUCCUGACGUCGCCACCAUGCUCAAUAUUCUCGCCCUUGUCUAUAGGGACCAGAACAAGUACAAGGAGGCGGCAAAUCUACUGAAUGAUGCCCUGGAGAUCCGUGAGAAGACGUUGGGAGAGAGUCACCCGGCCGUGGCGGCCACCCUCAACAAUCUGGCCGUCCUCUACGGAAAGCGGGGCAAAUACAGAGAUGCCGAGCCCCUCUGCAAGCGGGCCCUCGAUAUCCGCGAGCGAGUGCUUGGAAGGGACCAUCCUGACGUUGCCAAGCAGCUCAACAAUCUUGCGCUCCUCUGCCAAAACCAGGGGAAAUACGAAGAGGUUGAACGGUACUAUCAGCGGGCUUUAGAUAUCUAUGAAAGGACACUGGGGCCAGACGAUCCUAAUGUGGCGAAGACCAAAAACAACCUUGCCUCUGCCUACCUCAAGCAGGGAAAAUACAAGGAGGCUGAAGUGCUGUACAAGCAGGUGCUGACACGUGCUCAUGAACGUGAGUUUGGCAGCAUUGGUGGUGAGAACAAACCCAUCUGGCAAUUGGCUGAGGAGAGAGAAGAGAAUAAGAACAGGCAGAGGGAGAACGCUCCCUAUGGGGAGUACGGUGGGUGGCACAAGGCUGCAAAGGUGGACAGUCCCACAGUAGCCACUACACUCAAGAACCUUGGUGCCCUGUAUCGACGGCAGGGCAAAUACGAGGCGGCCGAAACGCUUGAAGACUGUGCUCUCAGGGCGAGGAAAGAGGCCUUGGAACAGCGCCACGGCAAGUCUAUCCAGUAUUUGGAUUUUACCAUGAAGGACAAGCGGGGAAAAUCAGGGUCACGGAGGGGCUCGCGGGAGUCCCUCGACAGUGUAGCCUACGAGACGCAGCACGCCGCAGACGAAAGUGGGCGUUUGAAGCGUAGCAGCUCGCUUGGGAAACUGCGGGCCACCAUUCGGCGGGGAAGCGCCAAGCUGGUUCAGAAGCUCAAGGGACAGGACUUGGUACCAGGUGACAGCGACCUAGCUGCCAGAAUGAAACGUGCUAGUUCCAUGUCUACCCUCAGCUCCAAUAAUCAGGCCAAGAGUAACCUGCUGAACAUGAGACCCUGCACGACAAGCUCGGAUCAGCUGCGGACAACAAAGGAAGGCCUCUAAAAAUGGACAGCAACACAAACAACAGACACGACACUUUGUAAUUUUCAACACACAAUGACACACACACUCCUUUGGUCACAUUCUCGGCUGUAGCAUAUUGCACAGACCAAAAAUUGAGAUCCAGUGUUAGGCCCAUAAUGUCAAACCGGGUGUGUACUUACCAGAAUUAAUGGCACGUGCAAGCUGUUCCAAUUAUGUUGCAAACACAAACAAAGGAUACACAAAGAGCAGCAUCCCGUGAGCAACCUUGAAACGCUCCUCAGCGUGUUAGCAUGACUAUGUUUGGCCUCAGAAUGGUACUUUAUGCCGAGUGCUAUUUAUUUGAUUGUUGUUUUAGUGUUUAACCUGACAUGAAAGUUGAAUGUGCAGCUUGUCACAGCUUUGUUGUCAGAUGUAUCACCUGUGUUCUUUCUAAAGCGAAGCACGCUAAUCAUUUUAAAGGAGUAGAGAAACGACCUUCCAAAGUCCUCAGUAAUGCACUCGUAAAGUGUGGGGAUUUGUCUCCUAAACACACUUAAUGGCAUCCUGUGCUAAUGCACAGAGGAUAUGACACACCGAAAGUCUGAGAAGUCUGACAAGGAGGCCCUGUCGCUCUCUGAGGCACACCUCUUGUAUUUCCAUGGUAACCAGUUGCAGCUCUUUGCGCAUUCAGUGCCACGUCCAAUAUUUGUCGGUGAAACUACGUUUUUGUAAAUCUUAAAGUAGCCAUCCUGAGAGUCCACUGGAGGAAUGUAAGAUCUUGCAGACACAAACUUUGAACCACAAUCCAAAAUGGAGUGUGUUAAAUAUGAUUACUUGCUGGUCGUUUCUCAACUCCUUUAUGCAAGUGUUGUGAACGGGAAAAAUCGUAAGAUAUCAACCAUUGCCAUCAACUUAUCAGACGGAUGAAAAUCAGACUUUGAAAUGCUGCGAAGACCAGUGUGGCCUGUAUAAAUAACAUUCCUUCACCUUUGUAUAUUUUUCUUUUAUUUAUUUUUUAGUGCAUUGGAAUGUUUGGUAUUUAAUAACCAUGCGGGUACUUCUGCAUUAGCAGUUACUUUCGAGCUCCACUACAGUCGUUCAACAGCUGCAUUGCAUCAACUCCCUUAACGAAGGACUGCGACAACACACAUUUUUUUCCCAGAAAAUGUAGCUGUGUUGAAGCUCUCUAUUGCGCCCAUGAUGGAUUGUCAGGAAGGGCCUCGUAUGAAAGGAAAUAAUUACGACAUAAUGUAUUUCACAUGCUCUAGGAUACACGUGCUUCAUGGGUAUUCCAUACAGUCCACCAUGAUGCGAGGUUAAUGUUUUCUGGUCUCUGUGGCACCUUUUUGCAGGUUUGUUUGCAGCAUUUGCAGAAUAAAGAGAUGACUUCACUGACGUUGCUACAUGUUCAUUGUGAAACAUGCUGUAGCAAGCAGAGCUUGGCAGCAUGCUUUUGCACUGAAUUUUAUCUUCAAUAGCGGCUAUUUUACAUCGGGUUACUUUUCAAGCCUGCAGUUGUUACAUCAGUUAUCAACAAUUGUGUACAUUUUCAUUUUGCAUCAAUGCUGCUGUGGGGUUUGAGAUUGCUUUAUUUAUGACUGUGACAGUACUGAAUUAUAAAUAAAUGCUUGCCAUUUUCUUUGGAUUACUGUUGACAUGCUUCAGUGAAAAUAAAGUGUUUCUGCAUAUA